GCCUUCCUUUAUUAAUAUAGCAUCAUUUAGAUAUGGUAGUUGUUAAGCAACCACCCCAUGCGCAUACCUUAUUAAUUCAAUAAAACCCUCUAUUCUGUUACGAUCACCGGCCGGUGACUGAAUCAGCUUAUCGACUGCGCAAAAGCCGAAACCGGUUCAAGGAUAAAACAACUCAUUCCAUGAAUCCAUGACACGUAAUAUAUAAGAAAACAACCCGGUUCGAUCCGACCGGUCUGCAGCCAAUAUAAUCCAAUCCAACCAAAACGAGCAGUUGCUGAAAUACGUACCAGGUGUGACGGGACGCACCUCUCGGCGACAGCCACCGCGAGACUGAGUGGCCCCGGAUCAUCACUAGCCGUCCAUCAAACUUAUCCUACGAACAUCAAAAUCGCGGGUCCCAUAUCCAGAAACAGCGCAGCUGCCACGUCGACCAACAUCGCUCUCUCUCUCCCUCUCGCCGUGGCCUCCCUCCCCAUACCUCAAAGCUUUAAACCCCCCACCUUCUCCUCCCUUCUCCCAUUCUUCUCCCUUCCCUCUCUCUCUCCUCGUUUCCACUGCUGUCUGCAUCAGACGAAAGGAGGAAAUAAACAGUGUAAAAGAAAAGAAAGGAAGAAAUCAACAAGAGAGAGAGAGACGAAAAAGGAGAGGAAAUCUCAGCUUUGUUCUUUUUUAGUUGGCUCCAUUUUCUCUCCUCUCUUUGGUUUUGUUCUACUAUCAGAGAGAAAGAAUGGAACGGUGGGAGAGACCGCCGUCGCGGCGCGGCCGCAACAAACCUUCCUUCUCCUCCUCCCUCCUCGACGCCAUCUACCGCUCCAUCGACGAAUCCGACGGCGGCGGCGGAGGACCAACGCGGAGUCACGGCAAAAGCGGAGCACCUGACCCUUCCUUUUCCUUCUCCUCCUCCUCCACCGCUGCCGCUAGAAAGAAGCAGAAAGCGGACGAGCUCAAGUGGACGGCUGCGGCAGUGAGCGAGAGGGCGGUGAUCCGACGCGGCACGGUGGACUACAGACACGGUCUGGUCACCCCCACCUCCAGCUCCUCGGAUUCCUCCAGCUACGGCGGCUUCUCCUCCUCCGACGCCGAGUCCUACUACUCGGCCGGGGUCAGGCCGGUCCGAUCGGACCGAAUCCGGUCCGAUCCGGAGAUCCCGCCGGAGAAGAAGAAGGCCGGGUCGAUCCGGAGCCGGCUCCGGGAUCUGAGGAAGAGCCGGGCCACCGGCCCGACGUCUCCGGGGGCGCGGCUGGCGAGCUUCCUCAACUCGCUCUUCGCCGCCGCCGGAAACCCCAAGAAAUCCAAGAUCUCCGCGCCGCCGCCGCCGCCUGCAGCGGCGGUGGAGUCCGCGUGCUCGUCGGCGUCGUCGUACUCGCGGUCGUGCCUGAGCAAGACGCCGUCAUCGAGAGGGCGGCGGACGCCGGCGGCGGCGUCCGCGGAGGGGGGCAAGAGGUCGGUGCGGUUCUGCCCCGUGAGCGUGAUCGUCGGCGAGGACUGCCGGCCGUGCGGGCACAAGUGUCUCGUCGACGAGGAUCUGGCGCCGCCGCCGGCGCCGUCUGUGGUGGCGAGAAAGGUGGAGAAAUUGCUCCGGGGGUUGCAGAAGGAGGAGGACGAGGAGGAAGAGGAUGCGAUGAGCGAUUCGAGCUCGGAUCUGUUCGAGUUGGAGAAUUUGACGGCGAUCGGACGGUACAGGGACGAGCUCCCGGUGUACGAGACCACCGAUCUGGGGACCAAUCGCGCGAUCGCCCAGGGUUUAGUUGCGUAAAAAAAAGGAAAAAAAAAAGAAAAAUAUCAAAUUUAGGAGGGCAAAGCAUGUAUUUCUUAGGAAAUUAAUGUGUUUUCCUUUUUUUGGAUAUUAAACACUAAAUUUUAGACUAAAUGCCAAAUGGGUGAAAUAAAAAUGGUAUGUAAAUAAUUAUAUGUUUUUAUUCUGUUUAUAUUCCUUAAUCUAGAAAAGAUGGGCAUGUAGUUGGAGAGGGAGGAGAUGGUCAUUAGAGAAGGAAUUUCCCUCUUUUAACUUGAAUUAGUAUUAUAGUAAAGUUUGGAAAAGGUAAAGAGAUCUAUGAAGGUUCUAUAAGAUGGGGAGAUACACACGCUUUGUCUACGAGAGGAAGGGUAUAAAAAUGAUGAGCAAAGAAUCUCGUACGGAAAUAUUGUAUUAGAUUAAUUUAAAGCCUAACAUGUGUAAAAUUAGUUAUUUUGUUUAAGAAUCUGAAUCCCAGGUAUGACAAAGGAGAUACUACUAGAUGCUGUAAUGCAUGCAUGAUAGAGAAUGCAGUCAUCAAUCAUCAUUUUACUUGG